UGUUUUAAACUCGCAGUCUUGCUGCUCCCCGUUGUGCUUUCGCUUCGGUGAGAUAAAAGUUGCCGUCUCCUCUCGUACCCCCCUGUCCGGAUGCGUGUAGCUGAAGGGAUUUAAAGGGACCUGCCAAACCUGUUGUUUACUCGGGCCGUGCCCGCACACAGCGAGCAGGGCUGAAUCCCGCCUGGCCCGGAGCCCCCCCAGCGGCGCUUUCCUGGCGGGAACGGCCCCGGUUCAUCCUACAAAGAGCCUUGUCUCCCCGACUGACGGCCCGUCCUUCGGACCUAAAUUAUUCAAUGAACAUUACAAUUGCAAAAAAGUUGGGAGCUGCCCCCCCGGCGCUGUGGCUGUGCAGGCAGCCGAUGCAGGCUGCAGGCAGCCGAUGCAGGAUGCUGCCCGCUGCUGUGCCCUGAACACGUGUCUGGGCUGGAGGCCGGGCCCUGCCACCGUCCCCUCGUGGCUGGGGAGCGGCAGGAGAAGGCCCAGCGUCCUGCACUGAGCCCGCAACUGUAACAGCACUGCAGUUAUGGCUGUGCUUGAGCACAACCUGCGAUGCUCUUUUUUGCUCUGAGUUUUAAUGUGGCGCUUAGGAAGGUGGCAGGCUGGCAGCCGUGGGUACUUGGACGAGGCAGUCGGUGAGGGUGGUGGCUCCUCAGCAAACUGUUCCUCCUGUGUGCUUGCUUCCAAAGGUGAUGCUGUUUCUGGCAGCCAUGUGCAGGGUGUGCGCAUCCCCUUCUCGCCCCUCUGCAUGCAGACAGAUCCACUGUGUAGUUUACAGCUUUCGUGCAAAAGAUUGCACAAACUCUGCACCAUAGGGUCAGGCAGUGAACUGGAAGCCUUUCUGCUGACACCAGUGGAUGUUCAACUCCUUUGUUACACAGGCCUGGAGGAUCUUGGCAUUCAGUUUGAGCAAGUCCCUUGCCAUCAACAGACUCUACAAGGCUACAGCUGGGAGGAAAAGAUGUUUGGCUUUCACAAACCGAAGAUGUACCGGAGUAUAGAGGGCUGCUGUAUUUGCAGAGCUAAGUCUUCCAGUUCUCGUUUCACUGACAGCAAACGUUAUGAAAAGGAUUUCCAGAAUUGUUUUGGGCUUCAUGAGGCUCGCUCAGGAGAUAUUUGCAAUGCCUGUGUUCUUUUGGUGAAAAGAUGGAAAAAAUUACCAGCAGGAUCCAAAAAAAACUGGAAUCACGUGGUAGAUGCCAGGGCUGGACCCAGCCUUAAAACAACAUUGAAACCAAAGAAAAUGAAAACUCUGUCUGGAAGCAGAAUAAAGAGCAAUCAAAUCAGCAAACUGCAAAAGGAAUUCAAGCGGCACAAUUCUGAUGCCCACAGCACCACUUCGAGUGCCUCCCCAGCUCAGUCUCCCUGUUACAGUAACCAGUCGGAUGAUGGCUCCGACACAGAGAUGAGCGCUGGGGCCAGCAGAACACCAGUGUUCUCCUUCCUAGAUCUCACAUACUGGAAAAGGCAAAAGGUCUGCUGUGGAAUCAUUUACAAAGGGCGUUUUGGAGAAGUCCUCAUAGACACUCAUCUCUUCAAACCUUGUUGUAGCAAUAAAAAGUCUGCCACUGAAAAGCCAGAACAAGAAGGACCCCAGUCUCCAGCAAUCUCCACCCAAGAAGAGUGGUGACUUCCUUGGAUAGCUGCAGAAGGUUAUACAGAUCCUCCUAUUCUCUGGAAAAAUACUAGAAAAGUGACUAUUCACUUUGGACACCUGCUAUGCUGCCAAAAGACUAUUCCCUAGAACUAUUUUGGGUUUUACUGCUACAGUUCCACAAACUCUGAAGCCAGUUUGUAUCCUUUCAGAAAGACUGUACAUAAUAUUUAAGAUGCUACGUUACACUUGGCAAAGCUGAAUGCUGCUGCGAGGUUGUCUAAUUUUCCCCCACACUCACUUCCCAAGUGAAUAUGAGGAUGGGGUUUGUAUAUUAAAGUAUAUGUAGUUCAUGUUUCUGUAUUGAAAGAAGCAGUGGUUGUAAGGCUUUUUUUUUUUUCUUUAAAAGUUGGUUGGCAAACUUCCUAAAUCCCCAAGAAAAUAUUUCAUUCUUAGACAUGUAUGAGUCAAUAAGAUGAACUAAUACAUAGAAAUGUUAUAAGUCACCUCUCUAGUUAUAAAAAUAUAUAUUUUUAAAGGUGUGGAGAUUUCACCCUAUACUACUGACAUAACAAAGACAAAUAUUUCAUCCCUUCCUUGUGACACAGACUGGUAAUCUGCAGACAUCUCUACUACAAGUGGUAGCUAUCUGAGAAGGCGUCCAGCAUAAAAGUGCUCUUGAGAAAGGGGUGGGAGAGCUCUCCAUCUCAGCUAAGGAGCAAGAUUUACCUAAGAACUGACCAUAGCAAAAUGGGAGGUUACUUUGUUUUAAGGCAGCAGCAAGCACUUUGGGCCUAGUGUAGUAACCCCUGGUGGUUAGAGAUGGACCAAGAAACACAUUGAUGCUCAAGUCAGGUGUAGAUGACAGCCAAAACUGAGUAACUGUUCUCUGUUGGCCCAGUGCAGCUGAAAUGUGACCACAAACAAGACUCCUCCUGGUUUUGGACCUGACAAAGAACCAAACCCCUUGCUAAGCAAAUCAGGCUCUGGUCCAGGGACAUAAUCUGUUUGCAGCCUGGGGUCUGGAUUCACAAUAACUGUUUUGAAACCCUUCCCCUGCAGUGCUUCUCUGUGUUUGGGUUUUGUUGGGUUUUUUUUUCUGUUUGUUUGUUUAAGCAACUGCCAGAUCAACGCUUUUGUGAAUAGUGAAUCUGAAAAGUUCUGCUAAGAAUGGUGCUGUGCUGAAUCAAGGCAGCUCUGUUUGCAUACGCGAUCAAAAGAUAAUACUUUCUACACAGAUUCCCAGACAAGCUCAUGUGCAAAUCGUUGUGACACUCCUUCAAACUCUGCUUUGCCUGUAGGGUGGAAGCAGCUUCCUGGAAGAUUGUGCUGCAGUUUUAGCUCCAAGUUGCUGCACGUUUGUUUUAUGAAGGUUUAACUUGUGUGAGUUGGGAAUUCUGCUUUUUGUUUGGUUGGUUUUUUCCUGGUUUUAGGGGGAGGGAAAUUUUUUUUUUUUACUAUUACUCUUUUGGGAUAUCCUACAAUGGAUUGCUACAUGGUGUGAUUCUUGGGGUGUUCUGUGUAGGGCCAGGAGCUGGAGUGGAUCCUGAUGGGUCCCUUCAACUCAGCAUAUUUUAUGAUUCUAAGCUUUCCUUUUUUUGUGAGAGUCAUUGGCAUAAUACUGUGGUGGGUAGGGUUUAGGACUGGAUUUCCAUGUAGUCUUGGUUCCUGAAAUGGGAAUACUUAGCAAAUGAAAAUAUAGAUAGGGAAAGAUAUGCAGGUUUUAAGAGGAGCCUCUACCCUCAAAGCUUUUUUUUUUCUUUCUUUUUUCCUCUCCUGUUGGGUCAGCCAACCUCUGGAGAGAAAGAAAAUCAGGGGAAACAGGGCUUUGACUUAUCACAGCCUUACAGUUUAGAGCUUUCCUUGGACUCAUUUUGCUUUUCCUAAACUCUGAGUUUCUUAAGGGAGGACAAAGCUGCUUACCUUGCUUUUAUUCUCAACCACGUAGAAUCAUUCAGGUUGAAAAAUACCUAAGCCCAUUGAGUCCAGCCAUAGAUAUAAUGGAUACUUGAUUGUAUAAAGGCACAACUAGGUUGGUCAUGUCUAAUAAGGGCUUGAGCAAGAGUCCUCACUGUUUUUGCAGACACCUAUUUCAUGUGAAUUUGUGUUUUCAGCAUCAGUAAUUCUGUACACCUAAGAAGGCUGCAGUGUUGGUGGUAGGAUGUGCUCUGAUACGGAUCAUCUCUUCUGUAUUUAUUUAUUUAUUGCUAGAUUUCAACCGCCAACUGCUUCCCCUACUCCCUCCCACCUCUUCCAUUCCCAGUAGUAAUGCAAAAUGAGUAGUCAUGCACUUUGUAUUAAUGUAUUAGAAAUCUAUGGAACCUGUUUUGUACUUUUAUACUGUUCAGACACUUGUAAUCCAAACUUUUUUUUUUACUAGGGUAAUGAAUAAAUUUAGACUUAUUUAGAAAAUAA